UUAUUAUCGUUCGGGCGGUUGGACUGGCCACACCACAAAAGACAGAAUUGUUUUCGGCGAGGAAGCGUUGCUUUUUUUUUUUUAACACACCAAAAGUUCGACAUUGAAAGUUUACAGUGCGAUAAUUGUUAUUUAACCUCAAAAUAACAUAACGCACAAUGGCUAACGUUUCUUUAGAUAAAGAUACGUUUUUUCGUCGUAUGAAACGUAUUUAUAAUGCAUGGAAGGAUGGCGAUGUUGGAAAUGAUGACAGCUUCAGCAAGAUGGAUUGUUUGGUGUCAGGUGUUGGCACUGAUGAAGAUAUUGCUUACAGCAAGUCAAUGGCACUUCAGACUUGGUUGUUGAGUUAUGAACUUACUGAUACAAUAAUGGUAUUGGCUGAGAAUUCAAUAAAUUUUCUUGCAAGUAAAAAGAAAAUUGAAUUUUUACGUAAAGUUGAAAAUGAAAAAACUGAUGAUACUGGUUGUCCACAAGUAAAUUUAUUUGUACGUGAUAAAAGUGAUGAAGAUAAAGCAAAUUUUUCAAAAUUAAUACAAAUAAUGAAAGAUAGUAAAAAUGGUAAAACACUUGGUUUAUUUACAAAAGAAAAAUUUCCUGGUGCAUUUAUGGAUGCAUGGAGAGCAGCACUUGAUAAAGAAAAUUUUGAUAAUGUUGAUGUUAGUGGAACAGCAGCAUAUAUUAUGUGUCCAAAAGAAGAAGUUGAAAUAUUAACAAUAAAAAAAGCAUGUAUUGUAUCAGUUGAUGUAUUUACAAAAUAUUUAAAAAGUCAAAUAAUGGAAAUAAUUGAUGCUGAUAAAAAAGUAAAACAUUCAAAAUUAGCUGAAGGUGUUAAUGCAGCAAUAACAAAUAAAAAAUAUGUAACUGGUGUUGAUGUAUCACAAGUUGAUAUGUGUUAUCCAGCAAUAAUACAAAGUGGUGGUAAUUAUUCUCUUAAAUUUAGUGUUGUAAGUGAUAAAAAUAUGUUACAUUUUGGAGCAAUAAUAUGUUCACUUGGUGCAAGAUAUAAAAAUUAUUGUUCAAAUAUUGUUAGAACAUUACUUGUUAAUCCAACAAAAACAAUUGAAGAUAAUUAUAAUUUUCUUUUACAACUUGAAGAAGAAAUAUUAAAAAAAUUAACUGCUGGAACUAAAAUAUCAGCUGUAUAUGAUGCUGGUGUUAAAUUUGUAAAAUCAGAAAAACCAAAUUUAUUAGAUAAUUUAACUAAAAAUUUUGGUUUUGCAAUGGGUAUUGAAUUUCGUGAAAGUUCAUUAUUAAUUGGUCCAAAAACUUCAGCACUUGCUAAAAAAGGAAUGGUAUUUAAUGUUAGUAUGGGAUUAUCUGGUUUAAUAAAUUCUGAAUCAUCUGAUAAAGAAGGUAAAUCAUAUUCAUUAUUUAUUGGUGAUACUGUUGUUGUUAAUGACAAUGAUACACCAGCAAGUAUAUUAACAGUAUCAAAGAAAAAAAUAAAAAAUAUUGGUAUUUAUUUUGCUGAUAAUGAUGAUGAUGAUGAAGAUGAUGAUGAAGGUUCUGGUAAAGAAAAUGAACCUAAAAAAGACACACCAAUACUUGGUCGUGGUAAACGUACAGCUGUUAUUGAAUCAAAAUUACGUAAUGAACAUGGUUCUGAAGAAAAACGUAAAGAACAUCAAAAAGAAUUAUCAAAACAAUUAAAUCAAAUAGCACAAGCACGUUUAGCACAACAAUCAAGUGGUAAAGAACAAGAAAAAAUACGUAAAUCAACAGUAUCAUAUAAAAGUGUUAAUUCAAUGCCAAAUGAACCAGAAGUUAAAGAAUUAAAAUUAUAUGUUGAUAAAAAAUAUGAAACAGUUAUAUUACCAAUAUAUUUUACACCAGUACCAUAUCAUAUAUCAACAAUUAAAAAUAUAUCACAAUCAAUUGAAGGUGAUUAUACAUAUUUACGUAUAAAUUUUUUUCAUCCUGGUGCAACAAUGGGAAGAAAUGAAGGUGGUAUAUAUCCAAAUCCAGAUGCAACAUUUGUUAAAGAAGUUACUUAUCGUUCAACAAAUACAAAAGAACCAGGUGAAAUAUCACCACCAUCAUCAAAUUUAAAUACAGCAUUUCGUUUAAUAAAAGAUGUACAAAAAAAAUUUAAAAAUCGUGAAGCUGAAGAACGUGAAAAAGAAGAUCUUGUUAAACAAGAUACAUUAAUAUUAUCACAAAAUAAAGGUAAUCCAAAAUUAAAAGAUUUAUAUAUAAGACCAAAUAUUGUAUCAAAAAGAAUGACUGGUGGUCUUGAAGCACAUACUAAUGGUUUUCGUUAUACAUCAGUACGUGGUGAUAAAGUUGAUAUAUUAUAUAAUAAUAUUAAAAAUGCAUUUUUUCAACCUGGUGAUGGUGAAAUGAUUAUAUUAUUACAUUUUCAUUUAAAAAAUGCAAUAAUGUUUGGUAAAAAAAAACAUCUUGAUGUACAAUUUUAUACUGAAGUUGGUGAAAUAACAACUGAUCUUGGUAAACAUCAACAUAUGCAUGAUCGUGAUGAUCUUGCUGCUGAACAAUCAGAAAGAGAAUUAAGACAUAAAUUAAAAACAGCAUUUAAAAGUUUUUGUGAAAAAGUUGAAACAAUGAUUAAACAAGAAAUUGAAUUUGAUACACCAUUUAGAGAUCUUGGUUUUCCUGGUGCACCAUUUAGAAGUACUGUAUUGCUACAACCAACAAGUGGUUGUCUUGUUAAUUUAACUGAAUGGCCACCAUUUGUUAUAACACUUGAAGAUGUUGAACUUGUACAUUUUGAAAGAGUUAUAUUUCAUUUAAAAAAUUUUGAUAUGAUAUUUGUAUUUAAAAAUUAUCGUCAAAAAGUUGCUAUGGUUAAUGCAAUACCAAUGAAUAUGUUGGAUCAUGUUAAAGAAUGGCUUAAUUCAUGUGAUAUACGUUAUUCAGAAGGUAUACAAUCAUUAAAUUGGGCUAAAAUUAUGAAAACAAUAACUGAAGAUCCAGAUGAAUUUUUUGAAACUGGUGGAUGGACAUUUUUGGAUCCUGAAAGUGAAGCUGAAAAUGAAGAAGUUGAUGAUGAAGAAGAAGAUGAUGAUGCAUAUGAACCAACUGAUAUUGAAAGUGAAGAAGAAUCAGAUGAUGAUUCAGAAUAUUCAGAAGCAUCUGAAAAUUCAGAAUCAGAUGAAGAAGAAUUAAAUAGCUCUGAAGAAUCUGGUAAAGAUUGGUCUGAUCUUGAACGUGAAGCUGCUGAAGAAGAUGAUGAAAAUGGUGAUGGUAAUAAUUUUAAAUCAUCAUCAAAAAAAAAAUCAUCACAUGGAUCAUCUGGUGGUGAUAGACAUGCAUCAUCCAAAAAUAAACACUCAUCAAGUUCAAAAGGAAAAAGUAAUUCAUCAUCAUCAUCACACAGAGAUAAACGUUCAUCUGAUAGACACAGAACGGACAAAUCAAAAAGUGGAAGAUCACACAAAAAAAUGUCUCCUUCUAAAUCUUCUAGGCACAGUCCCAAGAAGAGUGAUAGACACGACAGACACAAAUCAUCAUCAUCAAGUGGUAAAAAACGUUCCAGAGACGACAGUGGAGAUCGAAAAAGUUCAAAAAGAUCUAGAAAGUAAAUUAUUCAACGUCGUGACUCUUAAUCAUCUGGUGGCGCAUGCACUUUUUUUUUUUAAUUUUCUUUUUAUGCCAGCUGGACAACACUAACAUAAACAAUUUUUCAUAAUAAAAAUUUUAAAAUAAUAAUA